UGUCAAUGUUAGAUGAACUCUUCCCAAGUCUUGGUAAUGGAGAAUCAUCUGGAAGCCACUUAACCAACCAACUGGCAAUUCUUCUUCAAAACCUAGGUUCCAGUGAUGAUGAGAGUUCUAACGGACCAAACUUGUACAAUCCUCUACAGCUGUCUCCACCAAGACUUAAUGAAAUCCAUGCCCUCGCAACUGCAAAUCUCAUCUCUCAAACACAAGAAGCUAUCAUGCAGGAAUAUAAUAUCACUGACUUUGAUUUUGACAAGUGCACUUACUCAAAUAACCAGAAAAAUCCUGAAUCCUCUAGUAAUGUAGAUGAAACACACGAUUUGGGUGGUAAUAUUCUAGGAAAUGUAUCUCAUGACAUAAAUAGUAUUCCAUGUAGUGAAUUGGAUACCUUUUCAGACAAAACAAGACAGGGUUGUGAAAUCAGUAACCAUACCUCAAGCAUUGUUUAUAAUGAUGAUGCUAAUUAUACUACCCUUUUAAAUGUUAAAAUUCCUAAAGAAAAUAUAGACUUAAGUUUAACUAAAGUAAAGUCAAUGUCAUGUGAAACAAAAGAUAGCAGUGAAAGUGAAAAAACUGAAGUUUUUAAACAAGUCAGUGAGCCAUGUUUUAAAUCAACAAAUAUUUCUGAUCAAGAAUUGGAGACACGGUCAGCAGUUCAAAACAUUUUAGAUACACCUUGUUCAUUACAAAAAGAUAGUGUUAUGAAUAGUUUAUCUACAAAUGAAGAACUCAAUACCAGAAUCAGUAGACCUGGAUAUAUUGGAAUAAAAAAAUGUCCUCAAGACCAUCUUUUAGGGAAUACACUAGGAGAUUCAGAGUCCUUUUCAAACAAAUUGGCCGAGCAAACACAACAGAGUACAGAUUUAAAAAGGAAGCAUGACUUGAUAGAUUAUAUGCUGCCCCCAAAGAAAAGACAUGUAGAGUGUAAUACAGCAUCUAUGACACUGAAUGGAAGUCAGUCUCAGGAUGAAAAUAGGAAUAUUCAUUACAACAAUACUUCACAAAUUGAAACAAAUACUAGAAGUGAUACAUAUAUACAUGGGAAUAGAAAUAUAUGUAAAGAAAAUGAAAAAGAGAAGCCUAUACUGUAUGUGUGUGUGAUGUGUAUGAAACAGUUCAGUAAUGUAGAUAAACUAGAGCAACACUCUACCAAUCAUCAACAUUACAGCUGUCCUGCCCCUGAUUGUGUGAGAACAUUCACUUACAGAAGUCAUCUUAGUUACCACAAACAAACACAUGAAGGACAGAAGAAUCACCAGUGUUCAGAAUGUGGUAAAGUGUUUUCAAAAGCUCAACAUUUAGAUAGGCAUGUGAUGACACACAAGGAGAUCAAACCAUUUACCUGUAGUGUCUGUAAUAAAAGUUUUACUACAGCUGGUAACCUCAAAAAUCAUUCCAGAACUCAUUCAGGAGAACGGCCAUAUGCUUGUGAUGUAAAAGAUUGUACAAAAACAUUUGCAGAGCUGUCAAGUCUUAAGAAGCAUAAAGUUAUACAUACAGGUGAGAAGAGCUUCAGAUGUGAUUUGUGUGGAAAAAGUUUUACACAGGCCAGUAGCAGGAAUUAUCACAUGAAAAAACAUAAAGAGAAAACAUAAUUGACAGUGAUUAUAUAUCUAAUUUGUUAAAGUGUUAAUUUUUUGAUAUCACAUGUGAUGUACUCAUAAAGCUGGCUUUAACUUGGGCAUUCUCUAUGAGAGGGUUGUAAUUUUCUAAUAUGAAAUUUUUCAAAGUCGUAAGUUAAUUCUUGAAUAUUUCAGUUGAAGAACCUGUUAACCAAAUACACAUUCUCAUUUUCCACUGUCAAGUUGAUCAGAGUCAGCUAUUUAUUUCAAAAAGUUGAUUAAUAUUAUUGUGUUUCAAACUGCCUAAAGUAUAAUAUAGACUGCCUCACUCUUUUUAUCAACUGAAUGUUUCUGAUAAAUUGCAAAGGAUAUUUAUAGAAAUUUCAAUGGGUCAUAUGGGUUAUUUAUUAUUCAUGUGAAGUAGAUUAGGAAAUUGAAAACAAGAACAUGUAUGGCAUAACUAUAGGAUACAUUGUUUUUAACUGGUACACUCGCAAUUUAUGCUUGAUUUGGCAUUAUGUCACUUUGACUAACUAAUUGAAAUAAAGGUUCGUUCCCACUACCUGUUUUGUCUGUGUAAUACUUUGUUAAGGAUUUAUAUAAAUCUUUAACUUUAAAUUUUAAACAUGAUUUCAGGGUUACUGUCAGAGGGUCAUAUAUAUAAUUUUGACUGAAUUAUAUCUAUGAUAAUGUUUUGCAUGCAAAAUACGUAUAUCCCACAUCAAACACUGGAGGUGGUCAGUUUUUUCUAUAUUAAAGAUAUACUAUGCUCAUCUUUGAAUAAAAUAUUCUUAUCACAGAAAUUUAUUGAAAUCAAUGAAAUCCUUAGGGAAUGCUUUUAAUCCAAGUAAAAAAGGUGUUCAAAUUUCGUAUUUUAAGCUGCAUUAAAGGUCAAGUAAAGUUGGUCUUUUCUUUAAAAAAAACUGCCAUUUUUUUAAAUGACACUAUAUAUUCAUUUUGUGACCACUUAUAGUGUAUAGAGUUUAAAACACAACAUAUCUACUUUGAAUGAAGCUGAAUCAUGUUUAUUUUAUAUUUACAAAGAGGAUAUAUAGUAGUUAUCAAUAUUUUCAAACAUCAAAUUUGAGCAUACAUGUAGUAUAUCUUUAAGGGUCAUAAUUUCAGAAACUUCAAACAUGUCUUUGGGAUUAUGAUUGUAGGCCACUAAGUUUUAUACAAUGUACUGCAUUAUUUUCUACUGUGAACCAAUAAGUUAUUCCAUUGAAACUUGAGAGAUAAUUGUAUUGCAGAGACCAAUAGUCACAACUCUAGCAAUGGUUAUCACUGAAUGGCUUAAAAAAAUCUACCAUUGCUUUACUAUCAAGGUCUUAGAAAAGUUGAGCAUGUUGUCAGUUUUAUUUUAUUUCCUAUAAUUUGAAGUAUUCUAGUCAUUUACAAAGUGCUUUAGUCUAGUUUUGUCACACAUUGUUAAAUAUCAAAACAAAAGUGCAGCUGUCAUUGGCAGAUAUAAUUUUAUUUCUGUUUGUGAUACUAUUGAGUACUAAUCUGUAGGUUGUGGAUUAAUGUUUAUUAGUGUAUAUACACACGUAGUUUAGUAUUCCAAAUGUACAAGUGAAGAUAAGUUAUGAACAAAAGCUUUGUAGAAUAAUUUUAACACCAUUUUAUACAUGCUAUAUUCUCAAUAUACCUGAAACCAGUAUUUUUUUUCGUUAAGUUUUCAUAUACUUUUUUGUUCAAUAAAUUUUAUGUAUAAUUUCAUGUUAUUAUGCUGUCGUUACUCUUUACUGGGAUGCAUAUAGUUGGUACAUUGUCCGUCCAUCCAGCUAUCUCAGCAACUAGAUUAGGGUUUGUGUUAAAAGUUAAAAGCUAUAGAUUCAUUCUGUAAGAGUAGCAUAAGGAGGGGCCAUGGCACUCUGACCAACAAAUAAAACA